GGACUCAAAUAAUUUUCGAAAAAUUACUUCUUUAGCAUAUGAGAAAAUGAAAAAAAAGGGAACUUUAGGACAUUAUAGCUAUCUAAAUAUCAGAGAUGAGAUUUGUUAUAGUCACUAUUUAGAUAUUAUAAAACCAGAUCGGCAUUCAAAAAAACAUUAUCUUACUGAAAUAAAACCAACAAAUGUUAUUGACAAUAAACCAGUUACAAGCAGUUAUGAUAUUCAUAAUCUCACAUUUGCGGAGCAGGAAAGACAAGAAACUUCGAAAGAACCAGUUCAAGAUGACAAUGACAAGGUGGAAGAAGUAGCAGUGGAGAAAAACGAUGCCUUCCUGUUAGCAUUUAACAAUAUUAGUAGUUGGUAA